CGAAUCGCCCUAGACCACGGGAGCAAGAAGACAGGAUCGAAAGCGGCGAGCGAAGACGAUGCAUACUACCCUGUUUUCCGACUCGACUUCGUCAGUAUCGUCGGCCGGCCACGUCGACCGAUCUGUCGGUCCAGUCAUUUCUUCGACAACAUCACCAUAUCCCUACGGCACUGGCACGCGCCAUAUAGUGCGAAGCACGUACAGGGGAUCCAUUUCGACCUAGGCAGCCGUACCUUCCGCAUCGCCACCGGCGCUACUCGAGAGGCCUGGUUCAUUGUGAUGCACCCGAUUCAGAGGGUUUCCGGUGAUGGCCCAAAUAGUAAUCCACAUCGACGGCCUGACGCGACACAAAAAAGGACUGCUCUCACACACGGUCGUGCUGUAGUGCUUGCAUCAUACAUCAAAGACAUCUUCCUCCGCGGAGAGCUUCUCGGCGAAGGGAUCGAGCCGAGAUGGGCCCUCGGAGGAACAGAUACACAAAUGAUCGCGUUUGAUAAAUGGGUCAUAUUUCAGACUCGCUUCAUGGAAGGCUGGGAUGGACUUGUCGAAAAGCUUUCCGACGCUGGCGACAGUUUCUGGCUGGACCAUCAACCUGCCUUCCAUGCGUAUGACUAUGGCGCGAACAUCGAGAUCGAAGUCACUGAAGAAAUAGCGAAUCUCGAGCAGGAAACUCUCAUCACACCGAUGUAUCACGACGACAUAGAAGAUGACAGCGACCGGUCCAACAACGGAGAUGACGAUGAUUGGGGGAUGCAGGGACAGGGGCCAGAGGAGGGAGAGGAACACCCCAACGCUGCAGAGGGCAGUCUAUUCCUGCCGAUAGAGGCUAGCAACGCCGCUCUACCAUCACCAUCUCUUCGCCUCAGCCACAGCGAGGAAGGUCAUGGCGAGGAGUUCGAGUCAUCUGUUGCCGAAGGGGAAAGGGAGGACGAAGGUGACGAGGACGAGGACGAGGAGCGGCGGCAAGAGGAGAAGUUCGAAAGGUGGAUGAGUGGGGCUGAGAACGCCGACAUAUCCCUUUUGUCUGACGUUGAUGAAGAACAGCCGCAACAGGAAAGGGAGGAAGAGGACGAGCUGUCCCGCCAGCAUUCGGAAAGGGACGGAGAUGUCGAAGAUGAACAAGGAGACACAUCGUCGCCGAGCACCCCUCCGCCGUCAGCAUCAUCAUCAGGCUACCAUGGAGAGCACGAUGCUUUGUAUGGUGCUGGCUUGAGGCGACUUCGUGAGGCCCUCGAGGCCAAGUACAACCUCGACAACAUCAGUUAUGUCUCCUAUGCUCUAGCGGUCGACGUCCACUGCACCGCAGCAAGGACGCAUCCAGGUGAAGGAGCUGGUCCUGCAGUAUGCCUGCUUGCUGAUCGCAAUCGGGUGGCCGGUGAAUUCUACGGAAGCAACUACACCUUCUAUCCGCUUGGCUUUCAUCCUGCGUAUGGGAACUUUAGCUCGGAUCGUCCACCCGCCUUCUUGGACAGUAACCUAUUCACUGUCAUGAAGGAGAACAUGAGCCACCAGAAUCAAGGCGCCGAUGUGCUUUCUUUCGGUUUCUUCCAAGGGUAUUCAAACCUCAAGCGGUCAAUCCGCCACCGACCCGAUGACCUGCUCGCCAGCCACGGUCUCGCAACAGGUGCACUCACCAUUCCGUCAACAGAAGCUCAACGCACAGCUCGCCUUAAAGGCAAACAGCAACGCUUGCUAGCUCAGCUACGGGGGCAGCUUACACCCGACAACCCUGGUGCGUCGACACCCUUCGCACGGGAACGCCAGAGAAUCGAGGCGGCCGUGCAGGCAAAGGAGUAUGCAUUCCGGUUCGAGCAGGUGAUAUCAAUCGACGCUCCACGGCUCGUGCGCCAGCGCAGGAACUUUCACACUGUGCUGCAGCCCAUCUUCCAGCUCAUGCGACUCUUCCUCAAAGAGAAGCAGCUCUAUGCCGGUGUUAUGCGACGGUUCCCUCCGGAGAUCUUUCCGGGUAUGCUCGUAGCCUUUGCCAAGGUCCUGGAGGCGGCUAUGGCUGAGAUGGACUGUCGUUUCCGGGAGGGAGGGUCGAAAGGAUUGGGCAUGGCCCUCUCAGAAGGCGUCGCUGCUCUCGAUCGGCUAGGAAAUUUUUGCUUCACGGGCGAUCCGAGAGUACUGCCCUCCAAAGUCAUGAGGCUCCUA